AUUCCAAUAUGGCGCCCAAGCUCCAAGGUAAACAACAAAAUGAUUCAGUGUAUUUUCCACUAUAAUCAAAAUCAAAAUGGAUGGUAGAUUGAAGGCAAGAACAUCGGGAUCUGUACCUUCGACACUUGGAAGACAAAUCGGAGUGCUACCCGUCGGCAAUCCGCCGCCCAGAGCACGAAGACCGCAACCCAGACAAAUCUUAUCGACACCACCACAAAGUAAAAAAUACAUAGAUGAAGGAAGUGGUCCAUUGCAAUACCGUGAAGUGAACACUGGCAUAUACAAUGACAAAACAGUGUCGGCAGAGAGGACAACUAACAUGACUAAUGACAAACUUAGUGCCAGAUCAGGGAAAGUGAAACUAAAACAGACCUCUCCUCCAACUAGUGACUUAAGCUCCAGGCCAUUUUCCAAGAAAUUUAGUCCUAGUCCACCUAGUUCUUCCCACUAUCAGAGGUCGCCAGGGUCAUCUGCAAAGGUCAAGGAUGCUUUGUCUAGUGCUAGAAGUACAUCAAGUAGAUCUAGAAAUGAGGCAGAACAGGAAGUGGAAUUCUGGGAAAAGAAACCACAGAAAACUGUGACAGAGGAAGAAAUUUUGGACCAAAACCAGGAAACAGAUAUUAACCGAAUUUAUGACAUUAAUUUGCAUGCAGCAGAACUUACUGUGGUGCCAAAGCUUGACAAGUUUCCAAAUUUGCGAGUGUUAGAUUUAUCCUGUAAUUACAUAGAACAUAUUGAAAACUUGGACCAAUCUAAGGAUCUGAGAGAGCUCAAGCUUUACGACAACAGACUCACUACUGUAGAAAAUCUCAAAAACUUAAAAGAGUUGGUUACAUUACAACUUCAAUACAACAAAUUAAAGCAGUUAGGCAAAGGUUUUUCAUCACUGAAAAAGUUGAAGACCAUAAGGAUAGACUGUAACAAGAUUUUACGCCUGGAUGCUUCCGAGUUGUCCUGUUGUGUUCAGUUGACAUCCAUUAAUGUUAGCUAUAACUUGGUGGAUAACCUGUCUGCUUUGAAUUACUUACCUAAUUUGGAAGAGUGCUAUGCAGCAGGAAACAGGAUCAGAACACUGGAUCUGUCACGGUGUAAAAAAUUACAAGACAUUGAUGUCUCUAAAAAUAGGCUCACAGAUUUAUCUGGAAUCAGGAACCUUCCAAACCUUCAGACUUUAAAUAUUUCUUCCAAUCAAAUAACUAGUUUGAAACCACUAGGAAAAUCAAAAUGUCUUCAGGAGUUGUAUGCUUCUGGAAACAGAAUUUCAGAGCUCUCAUUCAUACCUGACUUCUUUCCUCGACUGGAGAUUUUCAACAUCAGCUGUAACAAUAUUAAAACCUUAGAUGAAGUGUGUUGCUUGGAGAGGUGUGAGGACAUUGCUGAGCUGUUUCUCUAUGAGAACCCCUUCUGUGCCCCAGGAUCAGAACACUCCCACUACAUGGCAGAAAUCCAGGCAGUUAUUCCUCAACUGGAGAUUCUUGAUGGGGCACACAUAAAAAGACACACCCACCGUGGUGCACCUAUUAUGCGACCUAUGUCAGCGUCCACUAUUAUAAGUGUUCGACAGGUGGAGACACAAAUGAAGGCUAUGGACAAUGAAAUGGUCUCAUUUGAAAAAAGCAUCUUAGAUAGAUUUGAAUCCUUGAGGACUGCCUGUGGCAUUGACAUCACAGACUCACGUACGUCAUCAAAUAACCCUGAACCUUCUCCGUCCUUGACCUCUCAACGACCUUCCAGUAAAAGCAGUAGCCGCUCCAAGAUACGAGAUGCCCUUCAAUUUGCUUCCCAGAACUUUGACGAUAUGGCAUGAGUGUGAGCUGUUGAAAGGCUGUGUCAAUAAAAUUCUAAAUCUGUGAUACUCUAUCAGACUUGUUUUGUGUUGUUUGAAGAACAUUUUCAACUGCCAGUUUACUUAGCUAUUUCUAUUUUGGCUACAAAUGUAUAUGUAGUACAUGUAUAGCUUAAUUUAUCCAACAUUAUAAUCUUUCAGUGUAAUCUGGUCAUUUGCAUUUUUUCAUCUAAUUAUAAAUAAACUGACUACCAGAUAUUCAGGGCAUGGUUAAGUACUGAGAUAUUUAAUUUUUGAUUGUACCACUGUUUACAUUUUUUUUUCCUGUGUGCUUUGAUUUGCUACAUACAGAGUACCUUGUGCUAGCUCUCAUAUCCAGCACAAUAUAUUUUACAAUGUUAAUGAAGAAAACUGUAUUAAUUAGUAAUCAAUUGGUUGUGAAUGUAACUGACUGCUUUUUACAAUCAUAGGAUUUAAGGAAGAAGAACAUGUCCAUAUAGAAAAGGUGUCCAUCUGUUUGACUGUGCUCAAAAUAUUUUUCAAAAUACUAUUUACAGUAUUUGUCCAAUUUUAGUCAAACUUGGUACACAAGUAUACUAUAUGAAGAUACAUGAUUAAUUUCCAGUUUCUGUGAGGUAUAUAAGCAUGGUACUACAAAUAGUGCUACUAUUCAUGAAAUUCAAAAUGCUACUCCUACUGUAUAUUUUGACUUAAUAUUGCAAUAAAACAUGGUACACAAGUAAAAAACACUAAGAUAUAUAGAUUUA